UUCUGUUUUCUUUUUAGGAAGGAGGCACAGCUGGAUGAAGAAGGACAGUUUCUUGUCAGAAUAAUUUACGAUGAUUCUAAAACCUAUGAUCUGGUUGCAGCUGCAAGCAAGGUCCUUAAUCUAAAUGCUGGGGAAAUUCUUCAAAUGUUUGGGAAGAUGUUUUUUGUAUUUUGUCAAGAAUCUGGUUAUGAUACAAUUCUACGUGUCCUGGGCUCAAAUGUCAGAGAGUUUUUGCAGAACCUUGAUGCUUUGCAUGACCACCUUGCUACUAUUUACCCGGGUAUGCGAGCCCCUUCCUUUAGAUGCACUGAUGCGGAGAAGGGGAAGGGACUCAUUCUGCAUUACUAUUCGGAAAGAGAAGGUCUCCAGGAUAUUGUCAUUGGAAUCAUCAAAACAGUAGCUCAACAGAUCCACGGUACAGAAAUAGAUAUGAAGGUUAUUCAACAGAGAAAUGAGGAAUGUGACCACAUUCAGUUUUUAAUUGAAGAGAAAGAGUCUAAAGAAGAGGACUACUAUGAAGAUCUUGACAGAUUUGAAGAAAAUGGUACCCAAGAGUCUCGCAUCAGUCCCUAUACUUUCUGCAAGGCCUUUCCUUUCCACAUAAUAUUUGACAGAGAUCUGGUGGUCACGCAGUGUGGCAAUGCUAUAUACAGAGUCCUUCCACAGCUGCAGCCAGGAAAUUGCAGUCUGUUGUCAGUUUUCUCCUUGGUCCGGCCUCAUAUUGAUAUUAGUUUCCAUGGGAUCCUCUCACAUAUCAAUACAGUCUUUGUACUGAGGACCAAGGAGGGGCUGCUGGACGUGGAAAAGCUGGAGUGUGAAGAUGAACUGACUGGCACAGAAAUCAGUUGCUUACGCCUGAAAGGACAAAUGAUCUACUUGCCUGAAGCAGACAGCAUUCUCUUUCUUUGUUCGCCAAGUGUGAUGAACUUGGAUGAUUUAACCAGAAGAGGUUUAUAUCUGAGUGAUAUUCCAUUGCAUGAUGCUACCCGUGAUCUGGUUCUUUUGGGAGAGCAGUUCAGAGAGGAAUAUAAACUGACUCAAGAGCUUGAGAUCCUCACUGACAGACUGCAGCACACACUGCGUGCACUGGAAGAUGAAAAGAAAAAGACAGACACAUUACUCUACUCUGUUCUACCACCAUCAGUGGCAAAUGAGCUGAGACACAAGCGUCCUGUUCCAGCUAAGCGGUAUGACAAUGUGACCAUUCUUUUCAGUGGCAUUGUUGGAUUCAAUGCCUUCUGUAGUAAACAUGCCUCUGGAGAGGGAGCCAUGAAGAUUGUCAAUCUUUUAAAUGAUCUUUACACGAGAUUUGAUAUUCUGACUGAUUCACGAAGGAAUCCAUUUGUUUAUAAGGUGGAAACAGUUGGGGACAAGUACAUGACAGUGAGUGGUCUACCAGAGCCUUGCAUUCAUCAUGCACGAUCUAUCUGCCACCUGGCAUUGGAUAUGAUGGAAAUAGCAGGCCAAGUUCAAGUAGAUGGUGAGCCUGUACAGAUAACAAUAGGAAUCCAUACUGGUGAGGUAGUCACAGGUGUCAUAGGCCAAAGGAUGCCACGUUACUGUCUCUUUGGAAAUACUGUCAAUCUAACAAGCAGAACAGAAACUACUGGACAAAAGGGAAAGAUCAAUGUCUCUGAAUAUACUUACAGGUGUCUUAUGACACCAGAAAAUUCAGAUCCUCAGUUCCAUCUGGAGUACAGGGGUCCAGUUUCUAUGAAGGGUAAAAAAGAGCCAAUGCAGGUUUGGUUUUUGUCCAGAAAGAGUACAGAGACAGAGGAAACAAAGCAAGAUGCUUUCUGAGCUGAGGGAAGAGGAAGAGGACGCUGGAUAGGGUGCAAUACUGUCUCCAAAUAGGGUGCCAGGCAGUAAGGUUGAGUUAUGAAUGUUAUUUCACAUCAUAGCUCCCAUUCCCAUCUGCAGUACCACUGUCUCUUGCCCUACUCUUGAAAUCAUACUCACCAUUUUUCCCAGGCUCGCUUGCUAUUUUUUUUUCCUUAAUGUUUGGUAUUGUUAUAUCUCUGCUAUGAGCAUGUAUUUCAAGCUUUCCUUUUUUGAUAUGCAUUUUUGCACAUCAGUCAUGUGGCCCUUCCUACCACCAAGAUAAUAUUGAAUAAAAUUUUGUAAUAUGCACGCCACAACUAACCACUUCAAUCUGACACUUUACAUCUUCAUCUUCAUCUCUGAAGUACAGUGGUUACAUGAAUCAGUGACAUUUCUGGAAAGAUAGGUAUCUCAGUUGUUGGGCAGAACAAUGAACUUAAAGAACUAUUUUUAAAAAUAAUACCUAAAGCAGCAUUAUGAAAAUUAUUGUGUAAAUGUUGCUUAUCAGAUUUAGUUUUGCUAUUACUGUGCUUCCCAUUCAUUUUGUGAAUAACACUUGAUGCCCUGUAAAUUCC